AUGGCGAAGAGACAGAACAAGCCGGGGAAGCAGAGCAGGCAGCCUCAACCUCAGCCUCAGCCUCAGCCUCGUGAGAGCCAUGUGACAGCUGGAUCACCGCCGAGCCUCCCUAGCCUAAGCCCUUCCGUGCAGACCGCAACCGCGAAGCCGAGAACAGUCUUGACCCUUCUGGGCGAUACAAGGGUGCAAAGAGCCCUCCAACUAAUCCUCCUUGCGGCAUUGUAUGCUCCGGUCUCCCAGCUGACCCUGUCCCCCGUCUACGGAGCCGUGCCUGCCGGGCUUUAUCACAGAUACGGGCUCACGGCCGCGUUUUUGCUUGCUUUUGCUCUCCGAGGCUAUCUACCCUCCUGGAUCUCCCGGGCCAUCACGCCUUUUUGUUUCUGGAUCCCUACGCUGCAAUUCUUCCUAUUCCAGUUCAGCUCAACUCUCGGAAACCCGCUGGGGCCUGUUGUUACGGAAGCCCUGACAUGCUAUCCACUCGUGGUGCUGUCCGUGUAUGUUGCAAUUCAGUGCUUUGACGAGCUAAACCCAACCCCCUCUGACUCCAGCUACGGCGAUUCGGUGCCUUCGAUGGGUCUAUUCGUGGUCUUUACAAUGUUACAGAGAGCUUCGAGAGCCUUUAUCUCUUCUAUGACCGGGCCGGGCUUUCUCCGGUCUCGCAUCGCUCUCCAACUGAUGAUCGCCUCGUUGUAUGGGAUGGUGCUGCCCAAAAGCCUGAUCUGGCCCUGCGUGCCUGCAAUCGCCUUCACGAUGGUGGCCAAUCCACACUGUACAUUGUCGAGGACAAGCCAAGUUUUGAACAACACAUUGGCCCUGUACGACUACACUCUUCUGGAACGCCGAGAGUCCGUGACCGGCUACAUCUCCAUUCUUGAGGACAAUCAACGCGGAUUUCGCGUCAUGAGAUGCGAUCAUAGCCUCCUUGGAGGCGAAUGGAAGAUGCCACCUUCAAAGAAGAACCAGAGGAAAGUGGGUGAACCGAUCUACGCCGUAUUUACCAUGCUUGAAGCUGUCCGCCUCGUGGAACCGUCGUCUCGCAACUCGGAAAAGACAGCCUUGAACAUCGGUCUCGGCAUCGGGACCGCCCCAUCUGCAAUGAUCGCACAUGGAGUCAACACUACCAUCCUCGAAAUCGACCCGGUGGUACACGAGUUUGCCGUCAAAUAUUUCGCCCUUCCACACAACCACAGCUACUUGAUCGGUGAUGCUGUGGCGGCUGUUCGAAAUGCCAAUGCUUCGGAGGCGGAUUCAUACGACUACAUCAUCCAUGACGUCUUCACCGGUGGAGCAGAGCCUGUUGAGCUCUUCACCACUGAAUUCUUGGCCGGUCUUCAUAUGCUACUGAGACCGGACGGGGUGAUAGCCAUCAACUAUGCCGGAGACAUUACAAUGCCUGCUUCCUCGCUCAUCUAUCGCACCAUCACAUCAGUCUUUGCGUCGUGCCGAACCUUCAGGGAAGACGAGGCGCCGGCCCCUGGGACCAAACCGGACGACUUUACUAACAUGGUCAUAUUCUGCCGCAAGGAGAACAUGCCGAUUACCUUUCGAAGGCCCAUCCCAGCGGACUAUCUUGGGAGUGGUGCUCGGAGAGAGUACCUACUGCCCAAGUAUGAAAUCCUUCCAGAUGCCUUUGAGAAGACCGGCCCUGUUCUCAUGAGUGGCAAGACGGGGGAACUGGAGAAAUGGCAGGCCAAGAGCGCAUUGGGUCACUGGAGAGUUAUGCGAACGGUCCUGCCGGAUGUCAUUUGGGAGAAUUGGUGA